GCCGGGCCACCGGCGAGCGCCAAUCAGCGACAAGAGCGGCGCGCAAGCCGCCCCGGUAGCCGUCGGCCAUAUUGGACGAGCCCGGGACGGCCACGAAGUCUCUCCUCGCGGGCCGCCAUAGCGGACCACUGGGUCUUGGGAUUCUUCCGCGGCCCUUUCGGCUCCCGCUGCAGCGGUCCACAUCCCCCCCCCCGCCCCCUCCCCCGCUUCGAACCAACUUUCCUCCAAAUCUCCUUCCCUCGCUCGCUGUCGUCCUCGCGCGAGACUCCCUUCGGGAACGACUCGCCAUGGAAGAACAGUCUCAGCCGCCGUCGUCUCAGCAGCAGCAGCCGCAGCACGCCGCCAUCCCAGGACCGUCGGGCCACCAGCAGGCGUCCGGACUGAGCCCGGCCGAGCAGUCUAACAGCUGGGCGAUGGAGCAAGAGCUGCAACAGAAGGCUGCCGCCCAGCAAGCGGCUCAACAGGCCGCGCAGCAGGCCGCUCAACAAGCCGCCGCUCAACAGGCCGCUCAACAAGCCGUCCAACAGGCCGCUCAACAAGCCGCUCAGCAAGCCGCCCAGCAGGCCGCUCAGCAGCAGCAGCAGCAGCAGGUCGCCCACCAGGUGGCGACACCCGUGCCGACGCAGCAGCAGCAAGCGCCGUCGGUGACGGCGGCCGCCUCGCAGCAGCAGCCGUGGUCGCCCGGGGCAGCCGCGAGAGGCGGGGCUCCUUCCCCAGAAGUUCCCCAGGUCUCCCUAGGCGGCGGAGUCGUCGUGUCGGUCUCGGAGGCGGCCGAGGCGUCGCCCGAGGCCGCGCCCCCGUCGGCCGUCGGCGAAGCCCCGCCCCCGAGCGGCUCCCCGUCGGGUCCGCAGGGCCCCACUCCGGUGGCCGUGACAUGCAGCUUCGCGGCGGACGAGCACAGCCCGGCGAGCAUCAGUAGCCUGAAGGCCCUGAACCCGGUGGACGCCCUGCCGCCGCCGGUGGGCGAUGACAAGGAGCUGCUCUAUCAGUCGCUCAGCUCCUCCACCAUCAUGGUCAGCACGUACGGCACGCCCCAGUACGCGCAGGGCUACGCCGUGGCCAGCUCUCCCUACCCGAACCGGCAGGUCGCCGCCGAGCAGGUCUACGUCAAGGCGGGCAGCGGCGGCGGCCUCAGCCCGCCGGCGUACGCCACGGCGCACCAGGGAGCCGAGCUGGGCGGCUCGCCGCCGUCGUCCAUGUACCCGCCGCUGAGCAUGUACGUGCCCCAGGCGCAAGCGUGGCAGACGGGCGGCCAGCUCGAGACGACGCACAACGGCUACGCGCUGAGCCCCGGCUCGGCGGCCGCGCUCGUCGAGGACGGACGCGGCGUGGCGGCCGGCGGCGGCAACGGCUCCGCGGCCAACGGCUUCGCGCCCUUCCCGACCCAGUACCUGCGCUCGGACAUGUCGUGGUCCGUGUACGACAACAGUGCGUCGCUGGCCGCUAUGCCGCAGCCCGCCUACGCCACGGACUCCAUGGGCCGGAUACUCUCGCCCGAUGGCAACUUCUGCGAAAAUACCUGCAACUGCAGCUUCCACCUUCUAGGCCAUGAGCGGCUACAGGAGUUCUACAGCAACGAGAGCAAGGAGUGCGUCAACUGCGGCGCCAUUUCGACGCCCCUAUGGCGGCGCGACUGCACGGGACACUACCUCUGCAACGCGUGCGGCCUCUACUCCAAGAUGAACGGAGCCAACAGGCCGCUCAUGAGGCCGCCCAAACGCAUGACACCCCCCGAAUCCGGCAGCGACGUUCGUUACAGGACGUACACGAAACAGCAGCAGCCGCAACAGCAGCAACAGCCUCAGCACCAACAGCAGCAGCAUCAACAGCAGCAGCAGCAGCCUCCCAACCGGCGGGUCGGCCUGCAGUGCUCGAACUGUGCCACUUCGACGACGACGCUGUGGAGGCGCAACAACCAGGGGGAGCCAGUGUGCAACGCGUGCGGCCUCUACUACAAGCUGCACAACGUCAACAGGCCCCUGGCGAUGAAGAAAGAAGGCAUCCAGACGCGCAAGCGGAAGCCCAAGAGCGCCAACGCGGACGGCAAGUCCUCCAAGAGCUCGAGCAAGAUGAACGCCGCGGCGGCGGCCGCUGCGGUGGCUGCGGCCGCACACGAAGCCAUGGACAGCAAGCGCAUGGUGCCCAUGUACUCCACCAUGAUCGCGGCUGACCACAACAUCGCCGCGUACGGCAUGCAGGUUCGCAGGGCGAGUCCCGACAAAGGCCUCGGCUGCGCGUCUGGCGUGCUGCCCGCUUACGCCCCGACGGCGGUCAUCAAGCACGAGGUGUCCAUGCCAGCGUCGCCGGGGGGCAUGAACGUCGACAUGAUGGGCAACGCCGUCGGCGAGUCGCACAGUCCCCGCUCGCUCUCCUCGCCCAUCGCGCCGUCGUCGGCGGCGCUCAACAAGCACCUGCACGGACUGCGCAUGAGUCCGCUGGACGUGCAACCCGUCACCAGCAGCCCGCUGCUGAUGACCGGAGACAUGCAGUCCGGCAACGUGUACCAGACGCCGACCAGCGUGCUCGUGCAGGUCGACCAGAGCAAACUGCAGCAGGGGAACCCUUCCACCAUCAUCCAGCAUCAUCACUCGUCCUAAGGUGCCCCCCUCCUCCUCUUUCUCCUCCUCGCCGUCCCGCUUUCGGCGUCGAUCCCUCAGAGGGCCGGACUUUUUCUGGGACACCUGCAGCCAGCCAACAGCGGCGACAAUGCUGGCUUUGGCGUCGAGAGGGACAACACUCCUAAAGAGACCACUCCUCAAGGGGCCAUCUGUCAAGAGACCGCAAGUCACGGAACUGUCCUGCAGCUAGCCAGAAGCAGCGAGCGUGCCGACUCCGUCGUCGAUGAGGACCACACUCCUCAAGAGACCAGCCGUCAAGAGAAGACUUCCAGGUCCAUUGCCUUGUAAGGACAGGUCUUCUGCGCAUCACUCUAUCAGAAGCGUGGUCGGUCGGUUUAUCAGACAAGAAAUAAAAACGGUCUGCCCGGACUCUUACCGCUUAAAGCAAACCGGCAAACGUUCCAAGCACUUAAACCGAAAUGGAGUGACGGAUGUAGCACGCAGCUCUUUUGAGUUCAAGCAGUUCCUCACUUAUUUGACUCGGCAAGAGACGGGUGAAUUUCACAGCACAGACAUUCCAGGACAUGCUCUAGUGUACACAUUGGCAGUCAUCUUGCAGUUCGUGCCGGGGUUAUGAUAGCGACCAAGCACAAUUGCACUUAUACGGUUACCAGCGACGGGCCAGCCUUGUUCUCGAACCAUGGAACACUGCUUGUCCGAUGAGGCUGACAAGCUGGAAAUCAAAGCCAUGAAAAACGACUCGCAACAACCGCCCUUGUUCGCCUUUCUGAUUUAUCUUCAAGAGGCGAGCGACCAAGUACCUGUGUCGUGCAAUGAAUUGCCUUGUGCAUCGCCGGCGCCUUGAACAGUGAUGAACAAGAUUUCUCCGUGCCCAUAUCGCCUGUGCCAUUGUGAGGACCGCUGAGGUUGCUGCAGUUCGGUGCAGUGACUGCUCAGCAGUGCAGCCAAAGUGUGUGUGAGCGUCAGCAGAGCGCCGAUCAUCCAGCAGGGAAGGAAAAAAAAACCUGACAAUGCACUUAUUAAAUACAGCACUUCCAGUGGGUUGCUUUUCUUUGUCUCUCGCAGGAUAUCAUCCGGUUAAAAGCAGUCCGCGAAGCCUGCCUACAAAAGUCUGCCCUCAUACUUAAAAAAUACUCGCUCGAUGUGGCAAUACCGCGAAAACGUGAUUCCAGUAGUUUCCCGCUAUCAUUUGUUUUAGUGAAUGACACUAUUGUGAUCAAAGGAUGGCCUUGACGCGUUCGGAGCCGCGUGCGGCUAAGUCACUACAACUACAAGUCACUCUGUCACUAGAACGGCUUGGUUAGCUGGAGUAAUCAACAGCAGCCAAACAAGCAACGCCUCAGUCUGAAGACAGCGUUUUAACAGGAGGCAUUGUUUUCUUCAGGACUCUGAUGACAAAUCCACUUGUCAAAACGUUAGCCCGUGGGUGAGGCUUCGCUUCGUUGCUCGCUGAUGAUGUGAUCGUUUUGUCUUGUUGGGUUGGUUGCAGAGUACACGAACGUGAGUGAAAUUGUUACCCCACGCGAACCAUCGUGCUUCAAGGUCGUCUCCCCCCCCCCACUCCCUCCCUCCCUACCCCCGCCCUAUCAUGCACUGUGUCGGGCAAUCGAUCCAUAACAGAAGCUAGGAGGGAGAUAUGGAAAAUGUCAUCUCGAAAGGCAAGCUUGGGAAGAAAUGUGUGCGUCCUAGCCCUGGAACUGGGAAUCAGCUACACUGUCUUUUCACGAGUAGGCAACGAAGGAUGCCGGACUGUUUUAGGCGGUGACGUCAUGUGGGCGUGUAUACUAGACAAACAGGGUGAAACUGACUUAGGAACUUUUUUGAGGAAUGGGGAUGGCUCGAAUCCGCUCUGUAGCUUUUCACACUCAACGUUUUCUUCUCCCCUUCCCUGGGCGGGCCGUAUCGUUCCUUCCUUUCACUCAUGGGUCACAUCUUGUGUAGAUAAGAUUUCGGGGCACAUCUUUUCAUAAUCUUAUCCGGGAUACGUGAGCGGGGCCAAUAUUUUUAUUUGUUUGUUGUUUUUUUUUUUUUUUUCAACUCCUCGUGGAACUCCGCGCGAUGUGUUGUGGUUGUGUGCGGUGGCGUGGCACCAGACUGUCGUGUUGUGAAGUGCGAACAAUGACUUUUCGGUGCCUGACGUGUGACACGUGGUGCGCACCAACCGAAUGAUUUCCAGCGCGGACGUUGCACGUACAGUGUUUUCUGUUUCUUGUUUCCCAAUGCACUUGUCAGGCACGAUGUUCGAAGCAAUAGAAACAAGUUUCUACAGAACUGCA